UAAACAUAUAUUUUAUAGUCGACAAGAGCUUUUGAAUAAAAGUACAAAAUUUAUAUAUUUUACGGAUUUUCUUAAAAUAAUUGUUUAUAAACGUUGGCCUCCAGAAAAGAUGGGAACGAUAUUAAGUGUUUUAAAUAGGCCUGUUGACAAUGUCGGCUGCUACCGGGCGGCGAAGCGUAGUUUGAGCGAAGUUAUCCCGGAAUCUGACGAAGAAUCUGAAGGGCUAGAGGUAUGCGAUGUGGACACUGAUCCCAUAUGGAUAGAUGAUGUUCUAGAAGACGAGGACGACGAGGAGGAGGCGCAGGCUGAGGAGGAAGAGGAGGAGGAGGAGGAGGAUGAGGUGGCUGUCCCGAUAGGAACGGGUGAAAAACAAGUUAUUGCUGAAUCGCCGAUGCGUGGGUCCACCUGGUGGCGCGUCUUCAUGGGUCUAGUGAGACGUUCGAAUAAAUUCAAGAACAGUGCAACCACUGCAACCAUUGAUCCCACCAAGGUGUGCCAGCAGCUAAAAGCAAAGGCCAAAGCUGCAGCCAAGGCUCGCCCGAAACGUCUUGCGCGCAACACGCCUCGCGGAGCCAGAGAGCGGGAGAAGGAGAAGGAAAGGCGUACGGAUCAAGCGAUCGAGAAGGGGAUCGAAACGGCUAUAGAAAGAGAAAAGGAAUUGGAAAGGGAAAGAGAAAGGCAGAAAGAAAUCGAAAAGGAGAGACAAAAGGCGAGGGAAAGGGAGCAAGAGAAGCAUAUUGAUCAUCCUCGAUCGAGCUCUCCAAUAUUCCCAGUUCAUCUAUGUGACCCAAGCAGCAGCAGCAACAAAAGCAAGAGCAACAAAAGUAACAAGAGCAACAGCAUUAAAACCAACAGCAGCAACAAAAAGAAGGGCAGGAAGACCAUCGGCAAAAACACCAGCAAGAAAAGCAUCGGCAAGCACACUAACAGCAACAUUAGCGACACUAACAGUAGUAACAUUAGCAACAUUACAAACAGUAACUUUAGCAAUAUCACCAACAUUAGUAAUUUAAGUAACAUCAGCAACAUUAACGGGAGCAACAACAGUAACAACACAAACAACAGUAACAACAGUAACAGUAGCAACAUAAGUAACACCAGCAUCACUAGAAACAACAUAAACAACACAGACGACGAACAAACUACAUUCAUCAAAUCGAUUACGAAAACCGCGAGGCAAUCCAGGAAGGGUGGUGCCCGUGCAGUGACGAAGGCCUCUCAGAAAGCCAAAGACAGUCGCAUCCGUAAAAGGCCAAAGAAGACUAUGCCCAGCUGCAAGAGACAGAUGAAACAAGUUGGAAAAGCUCAACUCAAGCCAAAGAAAAAGCAGAAGCAGAAGUAACAAACAUUUAAGAAUCCCUUGGACAUCCCUUGAGUAUUAGCUAACAUCAAAAUUUGAAAUUUUACUUUGUUAAAUUGUUUAAAUUGAGUAUGCCUAUUCCUUGUAUCCAGCAAGACGAUGAUAGGUGAAGUAAAUACUAAAAAAAUGUAAAAGAAAUUGGAAGCAAAAGUAAAAAAAUUAUAA